CUUGCAGAUCAAUCGCUCGGCCUUGAUCUCUUCGUUGUGUUUGUGAUUUGGUCUCUAGCCGAUUCUUCAAGAUGGUCAAGCUAGGCAAGAACUCCAAGCGGGUGCCCGUCCGCUUGAGGCACAAGAUUGAGAAGGCCUCUGCGGCGAAGCAGCGCAAGCAGAGAAAGCUCGCCAAGAAGAACCCCGAAUGGCGGUCCAAGAUCAAGAAGGACCCGGGUAUCCCCAACCUCUUCCCUCACAAGGACAAGAUCCUGCACGAGAUCGAGGAGAAGAAGCGCUUGAAGGCGGAGGAACAGGAACGCAUCCGUGAAGAAGCCCGCGCGCGCCGCGCCGCACAGAAGGAGUCCGGAGAACAUGGCGCCCAGGCUGGCGCGAUGAUCGACGAGAACGAUCUCCUUGACGACGAGAUGGAUGAGGACGAUUCGUCGAACCCCAUGGCUGCGCUGCUCGCUUCUGCCCGGGCUCGCGCCGCUGAGUACAGCGACAGCGAGGAGGAUGAAGAUGAGAUGAGUGACGACGACGAAGAGGAUGAUGAUGAUAUGGAAAUGGAUGAGGAUGCCGAGGAGGGUGGCGCUUCUCUGGAGAACAUCAGCGCUCCUUCAUUGGCAGCACAGUUGACUUCCAAAGAGAGCUCGCGGAAAGCGUUCGACAAGGUGUUCAAGCAGGUCGUUGACGCCGCCGAUGUGGUCUUGUACGUGCUGGAUGCUCGUGAUCCGGAGGGCACUCGGUCCAAGGAGGUGGAGCGCGCCAUCAUGGCAGCCGACCGCGGCUCGAAGCGAUUGAUCCUGAUUCUCAACAAAAUCGAUCUCAUCCCUCCUCCGGUCCUCAAGGACUGGCUGAUUCACCUGCGUCGCUACUUCCCCACUCUGCCCCUGAAGGCAUCCAACGGCUCGGGCAAUGCGCACACUUUCGACCACAAGCAAUUGACGGUGAAGGGCACCUCGGAGACGCUCUUCCGUGCUCUCAAGACAUAUUCACAGAGCAAGCAGCUCAAGCGAUCCAUCUCCGUGGGUGUGAUCGGGUACCCCAACGUCGGCAAAUCGUCCGUCAUCAACGCCCUGACGGCCCGCAUGAGCAAGGGCUCGAGCAACGCCUGCCCGACUGGCGCCGAGGCCGGUGUGACCACCAGCCUGCGGGAGGUCAAGCUGGACAGCAAGCUCAAGCUGAUCGACUCUCCUGGUAUUGUCUUCCCCAACGCGGGCGAGAAGAGCAGCAGCAGCAGCAAGAAGGGCAAGAAGAAGCAGGAGGAGCAUGCCCGCCUGGUCCUGUUGAACGCGGUUCCCCCGAAGCACAUUGAAGACCCGGUCCCGGCCGUGUCCCUGCUGCUCAAGCGGUUGUCCACUUCGGAGGAUCUCAUCGCAAAGUUGCUGAAGGUCUACGGUGUGCCUCCUCUCCUCCCGUCCGGGGGCGACCAGACCCACGACUUCUUGGUGCAGGUCGCACGCAAGCGUGGCCGUCUCGGCAAGGGCGGUGUGCCCAACCUCGAGGCUGCGGCCAUGACCGUCAUCACGGACUGGAGAGAUGGACGCAUCCAAGGAUGGGUCAACCCUCCUGUGCUGCAGGUGGUGACGGCGCCGGCCAACGGCGCGGCCCCGGCUGCGGCGGCUGGUGUGGACACGAAACAGAUCGUGACCGAGUGGGCGGCGGAGUUCAAGAUCGAGGGCCUCUGGGGCAACGGCGAGGGCGAGGAUGAUGAAAUGGCUGAAUAGAUGAUUUGUUCAGGAUACCAGGCGUUAUGGUUCAUAAAAGGUAGAUAAUUGAGCAU